AUGAAAGGAGUGUCCAGCCGCUCGACCAUAGAGCACUAUGAAAGCCUUGUUUCCAGCAAACCAAGAAGCAAUCAAGAUUCCACGCCAACAUACAGGGCUCAUAAUGCCUAUCCUUUGACGUCUGGUUUCAGGAAAAGCGCAAAUGAGAGGGCAUUGGAGUAUACAGAACCUGGGAAUCCAUCUUCGUUGAUGGCUCUACCAGAGUGGGACCAUUCUUCAUGGCCCGCGGCCUACGUGACUAAGGGGGAUCGUGACCCUCGCGUUUCGGGAAUAUACACCAAAGAUGAGAUCCUCGAGUUGGCGGCUGCCUGCCGAAAGAAGAAGAGGUCGCCAGGGGAGGGUAGUCAGACGGUCAUUCAAGAGCUGGGUCACGUUACCAUUACUAAGAAAAGUAACGCUAGUGAAAGUCAGUUUCGGUUAGCGGGACAGCUGGAAGUCGAGGGUGACUUUCAAGCAAUAAGUAGGCGCAGUUGGAAAGCGAUGCGCUCAAGUCUUUAUGGAGAAAUAGGUAGUAAAGAAAGUCUUCUUUGCGGUGAGCGAAGAUUUGGUCUCAAUCAAAAAGAGCCUAUUUUCAAGUUCCUUGCCUUAGAGUUCGAGUUGCCAGAGCGGAGAGGAAUGGCAGAACUCUUGACCUUACGAGACGAGGGCUACGCUGUAGCAAAGGAAGAAGGCGUAGAGGCUCUGCCUUAUCUGGUCUCCGGAGAUGGAUCUGACCCUGGCCCUGGCUUAACCACACUACGACUUAUUCAGUAUCAUUUGAAGACUGCUAUUGAAGACUGGAAGCGUGUCGGAAAUGGCACUUUACAGCAAGAAGAAAGAACAACGAAAGUCGAAGAUAGGCUUGUAGCCUCACCGGAAUCAGAUUCUGUAGCUGAUACAACUGAUCUUCCUUCAUCUCCUUUCCCAUCCGCCCGGUGGUUCCGCUGUUGCAUGGUUGCGAUCCACCAUGCCCCAUCCUUCCAGUGUACGAGUGCUGCUUUGCUGCUUCUUGGCCUCGCUCUUGCUUUGAAAAGAUGGGUCGCAGCCUGGCUCUCCCCUAACGUUCCUAGGACCGCAACAUUUUCUGCCUUUGCAGCUCCAUAUCAUAUGAUGCAAUCGAUCCUUAAUUCCAUCCAGCCUCAGCAGCGUAGAUUGACUGAUAACACUACAUUAAACUCUCGGCUACUAAGCUCUCGAUUUUCUGGCUUAGCAUUCUUAGGCACGGGAACAGGGAAGAGGCUGCAGAACGACCAUUCUUAUAUGGAAUUCGACCUAUGGUUCUGA